AUGUGGCAGGGAAGGGAGAAGAGAGACGCAGCAGACGUUUCUGACAUCUACCAGUCAAAGAAGCGGCAGCGAGUCGAUCUUGAAUUAGGAGGCCAGUUUACUACAGCCGCGGAGCGCAUCGAGGUCGAAUCUUCUUCGCGUUCUUCGCCAUCAGCCGUCAAAAUUCGGGGCCACGAGGCCACAGCUUCCCUCCUCGGAGGCCAGCCAUCAGACAGAGCGUACGCUGGUGGUUACCAUCACCGCGAAGGUUUUGCGACCCAUACCGCUGGCGGUGGUCAGGCGAGAUCGAAAAUGUAUAGGCCAAACUCUGUGUGGACGUGGGCCUUUGUUGGGGUGACUUGUGUGCAGACCGCCAUAGUCCUAGGCUUCGAAGCAUACGUCUUCGCUCUUUUUCAAACAAGUCUCCAUCCACCACCUAAAGGCGCCGACGCUAAUGACUACCAACAUACUAUCCCAACCUUUCUUACUCUGUACAUCUUCGGUUUUGUCUACGAACUGAUCCUGGCCUACGAUGCCCUUCGGCUUAAGAAUACAAUUCAAAUCAUUGGGCUUUGCCUUUACAACCUCGGUCUGUUGAUAUAUGCCGCCGUUCAGAUGGCUGAAAUCGAUGACGCUGUGAAAAGUCUGGGUUCUCGUGGAACUUCCACAACCUGGAGUGCUGUCAAGCCGUUUCUCAUCGCGAUUCCUUGCGUGAUAGCAGUAGGCUCAAUUGCCAUGUCAAUUGUGGCACGAAAAAUCUACGACGAAUUCGCCUGGACCAUCUACAAGCAUAUCAGUGCGGAUUUGAGGAUGAAAAGGCGGUACCUAGCAUAUCAGAUCUACAUCGCCCUCCUCAAAUUCGAUUUCUUCUUCUUUCUUGGGUUCACCGUCCAAUUCGUGGUUGUCGUCGUGGAUGUUCAGGAUAUUGAGUUUGGUCUGACGAUCGCCGCAAUCCCAGUCACAAUCCUCAUCCUUGUUAUGGCCGGGUAUUUUACUCGAAAGGAGAGCUUGUCGGGCAUGGUUGCCACCAUUAUCCUUUACUUUGGAGGACUGGCCUACUUCCUCUUCAAGCUCGUCCGGAUGUAUCAAAACACAUCAAGGGCCAAGCGCUAUCUACCUGCUCGCAAAAGCCUCACUUCUUUUGCAGUGAUCACAAUCGUCCUGAUUAUGCUCACCAUCAUUAACGCCACUAUGUGCGCCUUGAACUUCAGACACGGACUAAAGCCUUACAUCGCGAAUCGAAAAGUGGAAAGCGAAGAUGAAAAGCCAAAUAUGAUGGAGAUGCCUAAUCUCUCGCAUGGUCCAGUACCCAGCCGUAUGACGAUUGAUUGA